UAUACAUUAUGAAUAAAUUCAUCAUUGUUUCCUGCUUAAUUGCUUUGACAUUUGGAUUAACAAUAGACACAACAGGCUCUUGUACUUGCAAUGAUUUACAUAUCGAAAGUGAAUGUAAAGGGUAAUUAGGAUGUAAUUGGAGUGCAGGUGCUUGUUAAAAGCCUAAUUGUACAGCUUUGGGUUAAGAUGUUUGUUCAAAAACAAAUUAAUUAUGUGCUUGGGUAAAUAAUACUUGCACAACAUUUUCAUCAUGCAGUAGUUUGACAGGAAAUUCAAUUGAUAAUUGUACAGCUUAAAAUAUGGGAUGCUCUUGGUAAUCAGGAGAUAAAUGUGCCACUUAAUCAUGCAGUCUUUAUGGCAAUAACAAUACUCAAUAUUGUAUUGCACCUUUUUGUGUAUUAUCUGGUUCUACAUGUUCAUCAUUUUCUAAUUGCGGUUCCUUUAAUGAUUCAGCCACUUGUAUUAAAUAUCCAUGCUUGUACAAUACAAAUGCAACAAAAUGUGAAUCACUUACAUGUUCAAAUAUUACUGAUCAAGCAGCUUGCAACACAAUUUAUUUAUCUGAGAAAUAAUCAAGCCUAUGCUUUUGGAAUAAUUCUACUUGUGUUGAUUUAACAGAUCUCAAAAAUUUAACAUCAACUUCAUGCCUAACCAAUACAAAUGGUGCUUAUCAUUGGUCUUCUUCAAAUGCAAGUGAUGGAUCCUGCACACAAUGUUAUGGAUUGCUUUUAUAAAUAGUGUUUGCCCUCAUUCUAUUGUUAGCUUGAGAUUGAGCAGAUAUUCAUAUUUUACACAAUAUCAUAUUCAUUUUUUUAGAGCUUC